UGUGAUGACGCUAUCAGCUUUUCUCUGCCACGUCUCUCCUGGGCAGCUGCGGAGAGGGAGAGGAGGAAGAGGGAGGCAGUGGAUGGAAUAGAAGGGAGGUCGCAGGCUGUUGCUGAGGAGCGCAACCCGGUUCGUGCAUCGCUCUCUCCAUCCCGGGGACGUUAGUGGAUCUUACCCGGAGAGUCUGGGGAGCCUGCUCCCUCCCACACCAGGCCGCCGCCUGCUGCAUGGGCUCAGUAUGCACCAGCAGAGAACUUUCCUUCCCCCUGCACUGGCCUGAUCCUAACCUGCACCCCUUCUUCUACUUCCUCUCAGCCAACUUCGCCCCUAUAGUCCUUUCUGCACCCCAUCCCUCCCUUUCUUAAUUUUCCCUGCACCCCAACCCUCGCUUCCUGAAUUUGCCCUGCACCCCAACCCUCGCUUCUUGAAUUUGCCCUGCACCCCAACCCUCUCCUCCUGAAUUUGCCCUGCACCCCAUCCCUCCCUUCCUGAAUUUUCCCUGCACCCCAACCCUUGCUUCCUGAAUUUGCCCUGCACCCCAACCCUCGCUUCCUGAAUUUGCCCUGCACCCCAACCCUCUCUUCCUGAAUUUGCCCUGCACCCCAACCCUCCCUUCCUGAAUUUGCCCUGCACCCCAACCCUCCCUUCCUGAAUUUGCCCUGCACCCCAACCCUCCCUUCCUGAAUUUGCCCUGCACCCCAACCCUCCCUGAAUUUGCCCUGCACCCCAACCCUCCCUGAAUUUGCCCUGCACCCCAACCCUCGCUUCCUGAAUUUGCCCUGCACCCCAACCCUCGCUUCCUGAAUUUGCCCUGCACCCCAACCCUCCCUUCCUGAAUUUGCCCUGCCCCCUGACACUUUCUAAUUACCCUUUAGUUCUGCUUCUGUCUGCCCCCCUGAGCUGCUGCCAUAGAGACUGUGGGAAGGAAUACCGCCCAUCUGAUGCCUGAACAGCUGCACCCCCCUGUGCCAUUUCAUGUAGCCGGCAAGGAGUGCAGGUUGUGUUCAAGGCCUCAGAGUGGAGCCUCCUGGUGGUGCUGGACCUGGACUGGCACCUUGUCAUGCCCGGUGGAAGGAGGGGUCCAAGCCGGCAGCAACUGAGCCGUUCCGCGUUGCCCUCUUUGCAGACCUUGGUUGGUGGGACGUGUGGCAAUGGCACAGGGCUGAGGAACAGGAACGGUAGCGCCAUUGGCCUCUCGGCUCCUCCCAUCACUGCCUUGAUUACCCCUGAACCAGUGCGUCACUGCCGCAUCCCUGAGCUGCCGGUGGACGGGGGCCUCCUUUUCGAGUUCCUCUUCUUCAUCUACCUGCUGGUCGCCCUGUUCAUCCAGUACAUCAACAUCUACAAGUCAGUGUGGUGGUACCCCUACAAUCACCCCGCCUCUUGCACCUCACUGAAUUUCCAUCUGAUCGAUUACCAUUUGGCAGCCUUUAUCACGGUCAUGCUGGCCCGACGCCUGGUCUGGGCCCUUAUAUCAGAAGCCUCGCAGGUGGGAACCUCGUCGAUGGUCCAUUACACGACUCUGAUCAUUGGGCGUCUGGUGCUGCUCACACUGUGCGGAUGGAUCUUCUGCUGGACUCUGGUCAACCUGUUCCGCAAUCAUUCACUGCUCAACCUCCUCUUCUUGGGCUACCCGUUUGGGGUUUAUGUUCCCCUUUGCUGCUUUCACCAAGACAACCGCUCGCAGCCGCUCCCUACAGACUGUGGCUACCUGGUGCCCGACUCUCUAGUCGAUGAAGGUGCUAACGGCGCGGGGAGUCUCGUCCGACCCAAAGAUUUCCUCUCCCUCCUGCGGGAAUCGCUGAGGGAGCAGUUGAACAGCGCCCCGUCUGUCCCGUCUCACAGCUGCCCCCUGUCCCCCGACCUCAUACGCAACGAAGUGGAAUGUCUCAAGUCCGACUUCAACCGCAGGAUCAAGGAAGUUCUCUUCAACUCGCUGUUCAGUGCCUACUAUGUGGCCUUCCUGCCGCUCUGCUUUGUAAAGAGCACCCAGUAUUACGACAUGCGCUGGUCGUGUGAGCACCUCAUUAUGGUGUGGAUCAAUGCCUUCGUCAUGCUCAGCACCCAGCUCCUCCCCCCAAAGUAUUGUGACUUGUUACACAGAUCCGCCUCCCACCUGGGCAAGUGGCAGAAGUUGGAGCAUGGAGCAUACAGCAACGCACCCCAACACAUCUGGUCGGAGAAUACAGUGUGGCCGCAGGGAGUUCUGGUACGACACAGCAGAAGUUUAUACAAAGCUGUGGGCCCAUAUAAUGUAGCGGUGCCUUCAGAAGUCUCACACGCAAGAUUUUAUUUUCUCUUUCACCGGCCGUUACGGCUCCUGAACCUGCUGCUUGUUAUCGAGGGCAGCCUGGUGCUUUACCAGCUCUACUCCCUGCUGCGGGCGGAGAAGUGGAACCACACGCUUUCAAUUGCGCUCAUUCUCUUCUGCAACUACUACGUCCUAUUCAAGCUCCUCCGGGACAGGAUAGUAUUGGGUCGGGCCUACUCCUACCCCCUCAGCAGCUACGGACUGAAACCUCACUGAGGAAGCAGGAGAUUUGAUAGGAAAAAAAAAAAACUGAAAAAAAAAAUAUUUUGGUACAAUUCUAUAUUUUUCUUGCAAUGUUUAUAAAUAUUUAAGAUAUUUUAUAUUUUGUAUACGAUUUUUGUUGUGUUCACCAGUUGGAAGGGUGUGGCCUGGGGCUGCAGGGAAAUCUGUCGUCACUCUGAGAGCUCCCCCUGGAGGAUGUUUAGAAGGAGAAGCCGCAAAGUAUUCUGACAAAAAUCGCCUUUUUUUAGGAGCAAAUCUUGUGCCGUUUGCCUCGAUGUAGGAAACGAGGCACUUGAUGGUAUCGGACGUUAAUCUCCUGGAACAGGAAGUGCCAACCCGAGCUCAUGCUUGAAGGGGUAGUUGCAUGGAGCAGACUCCCAGCCGAGGCCGAGUAAGCAGCAUGAAGUAUAACUACUCCAGUUCUGCAGCUGCCACACAGACUUGAAUAAAGCUGAAGGCUUCACAAAUAAAA